AUGAACCUCACAUCUUGGCCUGGAAUCCUGAGUGCUCAUCCUACAACUUCAAACCAGGGGAAAUCAGCCACACUGGAAAUACUGUGCCAAGUCUGACAGGGAUCUGAGAUAGAAACUCCACUUUCCUGUUGGACACGGACAAUGUCUGAGGAAAACAGAGUGAUUUCCUAAAGGGAAGAAGGAAUCCUGGUGAGCACUCAUCCAGUGUUAUUUUCCCACCUGGCAUUAAGAGAGGCCGUGUACAUAAUUAAGCUCCACAGACCAGCUAGGCCCUGAGGGAGAGUGGUUACAUCAGCAUAGUUCUUGAGCUGUACUGAGGAAAGCUUCAUCGUCCAAAACUGAGGAAAUGUCCAGAUUAACACAGGUAAAAAGUCAAGCUGCUUCUUACCCUCUUAUGCAAAUGAACACCGAGGAGACAAAGUAAACAAAGCAAAAUGCUCCUGCCUUAGCUUUCCUGCUGGAUGCCACUCUUUAUCGUGGACCCAGAGCAGAACCCAGCACAAGUUCUAAAUAAUCCUCCACCAGCACCAAAUUUGAUAGCUCUGCCCCAAGCAAGAGAGAAGCUGCCAAGAACUACUCCCACAUUUGGGGACAGAUGCCAAUAGUAAGGUUUACCGUGGCCACUCCUGCAACAGGCACAGCCACUGAGGCAGGUUCAUCACAGCAGGUUCAUCUCUCCUCCAUGAACUGGCAGAAGGCUGUUGUGUCUCCGGAGCACCUUCCCCUCUGCCAUGGUGGAUGUGACAAGAUCAGCUGGCUUCCAGAUGGCAAGGUGUUCAGCAACGUUCAAAGGGAGAAGAUCAUCUCCAAGUUUCUUAAAGAGAGCGUUCUAAAGAGAGUGUUCCGUGCCAAGCAGGCGCCCAGCUACCAGAAAGAGGAGUCCAGCCACAGCUUUCCUGGCACCAGAAAGAAGGCCGAGCCGGACGCGGCGCCCGCCAAGCCGCACGCGGAGGCGCCGGGGCCUCGGGGCGCCCUCGGGGACGACGCCGGGGACGACACGUGGGCCACGGGGAUUUUAAGGGAACACAGGACCAGCUACAGCAAAAUGGGGAGAAGAAACGGGGAGACCGGUGGCACCAACCUGCGGGCCUCAGACAUCUCUCAUGAGAAUUUACCUCACUGGAGCCUGGAUUCAGAAGGACCUGUGUCUGAAAAUAAAAACCACCUCCCUGGAAGGGAGAGUGCAGCAGGUGAAUAGUAAACAAGGGUCAUUUCAGUUAUGGGGUUAUCC